AUGGAUUUCCUCAUCAAAUUUGCUCAGGCGCAUGAGACAUUUCGAGUCCCUGAGAUCGAGGCUUUGGCCUUGGUUGAAGGCCUUGAUAUGAAAAUAGUCGACUAUAGCCAAGACUCCCCAUUUUGUAUCGUAUACCUUGAUUCGGUUGAAUCUGCUAGACGUCUGGCCAAGAGAUCCAUUCUAAUUCAAUCUAUCCAUGAGCUCUGGGGCAAAGGGCGCACACUGGAUGAACUUCAUGAAUCAGUCAAGACAAACACAUCUCAUGUCUGGGAUGGUUAUCUUGGAAAAUCAUUCAAGUUCGAUGUUGACCCAUACCAAGGAACUCGUUCAGCCAAAAAGAGGAUCGAACUUAUCAACUCUUUCCGAUUUCUGGGCUGGACUGGGCCUGUGAAAAUGACCAACCCUGACAACUUAUUCACCAUCUUCGAAAUGUGGCCCUAUAACAGCGUUCCCUUGAAUAUUUUGGACCCCACAAUGAUGUAUCUCGCACGACAUGUAGGGAACUCAUCGCGAGAACUCUUGGUCAAGUUCGACCUCAAGAAGCGAGGAUAUAUCUCAACGACGAGCAUGGACUCUGAGCUCGCUCUCGUCACUGCCAACCUUGCACUCGCUGCCCCCGGCAAGCUAUACUACGAUCCGUUCGUUGGAACUGGUUCCUUUCCCAUCGCCUGUGCCCAUUUCGGUGCCCUUGCAUUCGGAAGCGAUAUAGAUGGUCGAAGUAUGCGCGGCGAGGGUGGCAACAAGAGUUUGAAAGGCAACUUUGACCAGUAUGGCAUUGGGUCUUGCUUAGGAGACGUAUUCUCGGCCGAUUUGACCAACACCCCAAUCAGGAGGCAUCUUCGCACAUGGGAUGGAAUUGUUUGUGAUCCUCCAUAUGGUGUGAGAGAGGGGCUGAGGGUUCUUGGUCUCCGUGACCCUGAGAAGACCCCCUGGAAACCAACUUAUGUGCCACCUAAGAAGCCUUAUAGCUUUCUGGUGAUGCUCGAUGAUAUCUUGAGUUUUGCAGCCGAGACUCUGGUGGAUGAAGGGCGAUUGUCAUUCUGGAUGCCAACAGCUAACGACGAAGACCAAGAGAUUCCCGUACCCAGCCAUCCUUACAUGGAAGUUGUGUCUGUCUGCACCCAGCCUUUCAACAAGUGGUCCAGGAGACUCAUCACCUACCGUCGGCUCCCCGACUCGCAGGUCUCGCAAGAAGCCCUCGGGGCUUACACAAAUAGACAGAAGCUCACAUUGAGCGGAACAUCGGCAGACGAACUCAACCCGUUUCGACGUGGAUAUUUCAAUAAGUUCGAGGCCGAAGAAUAA